AGCCAUUGUCCCGCAGAGGCGGGGGCGGAGCUUAACAUACAGUCUCGGACUUACUCGCGAGAUUUAGCGCCGCUCUCUCUCUUUCCACUUCCCGCUCCAAGAUGCCUACCAAGACGAGCAAGACCAGGAAGCUCCGUGGACAUGUGAGCCACGGCCACGGUCGAGUGGGUAAACACAGAAAGCACCCUGGAGGCCGCGGUAAUGCCGGUGGCAUGCAUCACCAUAGAAUCAACUUCGACAAGUACCACCCUGGUUACUUUGGAAAGGUUGGCAUGAGGCACUAUCACUUGAAGAGAAACACCGUUUUUUGCCCAACCAUCAACCUGGACAAGCUCUGGACUCUAGUUAGUGAGCAGACCAGAGUGAACCAUGCCAAGAAGCUUGAUGGCCCAGCACCAGUCAUCGACGUUGUUCGUGCUGGUUACUUCAAAGUGCUUGGCAAAGGCAAGCUGCCCAAGCAGCCGGUCAUCGUGAAGGCCAAGUUCUUCAGCCGACGGGCAGAGGAAAAAAUCAAGGGUGUCGGAGGAGCUUGUGUACUGACUGCAUAAGCAGGCGCUGGUUUUGCAUAAUAAACAAUGUUAAAAAUUGAA